AGUUGAUCAGUCUCAGCGAAAUUCUGCACUGGCCUCUUAAAAGAGUCCGCAUCGCUCCGUUUGCUCAUACGCACAUUCCUCUGACGUUUAUCCCAGUGUACACAUCGCUGGCGUGACUAGAAAAAAAGAAAGACAAGAGAGACAAGCCAGACAACCGAGAUAUCCGAAAAAGACACAAAAUAUAACCUUGCGCUGCUCUGAAGUGAGACACGGAGACACAGUAGCUAUGCCGCUAUUCGGUAAAUCCCACAAGAAUCCCACUGAGAUCGCAAAAACGCUAAAAGAGAAUAUGGCCAUCCUUGUCAAGCAGGACAAGAAGACUGAGAAGGCAUCAGAGGAAGUAUCCAAAUGUCUUGUCGCAAUGAAGGAAAUCCUGUAUGGAACCAACGACAAGGAGCCACACACUGAGUCCGUGGCCCAGCUUGCCCAGGAACUAUACAACAGCGGCCUCCUCGUGUCGCUCAUUGAAAAUCUGCAAGUCAUUGACUUUGAGGGAAAAAAGGACGUGUGUCAGAUCUUUAACAACAUCCUUCGGAGGCAGAUUGGAACCCGCAGCCCAACUGUGGAGUAUUUCUGUUCUCACCAGGAGGUGCUCUUCAUCCUUCUCAAAGGAUAUGAGACACCUCAGGUGGCCCUGAAUUGUGGCAUCAUGCUGCGGGAGUGUAUCCGGCACGAGCCCCUCGCCCGCAUCAUCCUGUACUCAGAACACUUCCGGGAUUUCUUCAGUUAUGUGGAAAUGUCAAUCUUCGACAUCGCAUCUGAUGCCUUCGCCACCUUCAAGGAUUUACUAACAAGGCACAAGGUCCUAGUAGCAGAAUUUUUAGAGCAAAACUAUGAAACGAUUUUUGGGGACUAUGAAAAACUGCUGCAUUCAGAGAACUAUGUGACAAAGAGGCAGUCAUUGAAGCUCCUGGGAGAGCUGUUGCUGGACAGACACAACUUCUCAGUGAUGACAUGCUACAUUAGCAAGCCCGAAAACCUGAAACUCAUGAUGAAUCUGCUGAGGGACAAGAGCCCCAACAUCCAGUUUGAGGCCUUCCAUGUCUUCAAGGUGUUUGUGGCCAACCCAAAUAAAACACAGCCAAUCGUGGACAUUCUUCUUAAGAACCAAACCAAGCUAAUCAACUUCCUCAGCAACUUCCAGAAAGACCGUGCAGACGACGAGCAGUUCAAUGACGAGAAGACCUACCUCAUCAAACAGAUACGGGACUUAAAGAAACCUGCUUCAUAGAAGCGUUCUUUUUGUUUGGAAUUUACCAAUAAUAGUAUAUAUCAAAAUUCUAUUUAAAGUCUUUGAAACAUUUAUAUGUUCCUUAAAUAGCCUGCAGGAAGUGGCAGUUUUCCAUCAAUCUCACUGUCAUGAGGAACAUUUAUCACAAGUGUAGUAGGAGUGUUACCAUUGCUGUCAUUUUUUUCACAUGAAAGGUGAUUCCUUUCGGAGGGCAAACCAAAGGUUAUAACAUCCUCAGUGGAAGCUUUAUUUCCCUUCAUAAGUGGCUCGUUGAAUGAUGGCAUCGAAGUCCUUACGUAGAAAUGUACAUUUCAGAUAUGGACUAUUUAAAAUAACUGACUGCUUAAUAUUCCAUAAUGAAAUGCAAAAUGUAGGUAAGAAGUGCAAGGAAUGAAUGAUUCAGCAGAUUGCUAGUAUGUAUCUUUGCGGAGUUUGCACUGUGGUUUUAUUGUUUGAAACAUGGUAUCAUUCAUCAAUCAUUUUUUAUUAUGCAUUCACAA